AGACGCAUUCGACAUGUUGUAGAGAGUUGUGUCUCUGGUUCCCCUCCUGUCCUCCUUCAACUUUCCUCCGUUCGCCCUGUUGUCUCCCACUCAGCGACCGAUCUUUGGAUCUUGGUCCAAGCUGUAGCCCGUUCGAGUCGCGUCCCCGAACUCCGUUCCCGCUGGUUCACUUCCAAAGUUAUCUCUGUGGUGACUCACCAUCUUUCUGCGGGAUAAUCUCUCAAGUAUCAAUUGGGCAUAUCCCCCUCCUCCCCCAGAGCGUUGCCUUACAGAUAUCUCCGCAUAUUACCCUUUCCGACCGAAAACUUAAGUGAAGUGAUCAUGGGUUCUGCUGCGCCUACUCUCGCCGAGCUUGAUGCCUCGUACAUCAAGGUGACUCGUUCGACCAAUCUCCGCGAUGUGCCCCUCCCUGGAUCGCCGGAGGAAUUGAGCCAUUCCCACUGCACCGAUCAUAUGGUUACUGUCCGGUGGACGGCGAGCAAUGGCUGGGAUACGCCUGAAGUGAAGCCCUUCGCCAACCUGAGCAUCCCUCCCACCGCUUCGUGCCUGCACUACGCCACCGAAUGCUUCGAGGGCAUGAAAGUAUAUCGCGGCCAGGAUGGCAAGUUGCGCUUGUUCCGACCCGAUCUCAAUGGAGAGCGCUUGGACGGGAGCUCCAAGAGGGCCUCCCUCCCUGGUUUCAGAUUCGAGGAGUUGAAGCACCUCAUUGCGAAAUUGAUGCAGAUCGAUGGACCACGCUGGCUCCCCAAGGAUCAACCCGGUCGCUUCCUCUACCUCCGUCCCACGGUGAUCGGAAACGGCACCCAGCUGGGCGUACAAACCCCCAAGGAAGCGCUCCUGUUCAUCAUCGCGGUCCCCUGGCCCGACCCGUCGAAGAAGAAGCAAGAGGAGGGUGCCCCCCACGGUCUGAAGCUUCUUGCCUCCCAGCCCGACACGAUCCGUGCCUGGCCCGGUGGCUUCGGAUAUGCUAAGCUGGGCGCCAACUAUGGACCGUCCCUGGCCGCGCACGGCCGGGCGCAGGCCCUCGGGUUCGACCAGGUGCUCUGGCUGUUUGGAGAGGACCGCAAGGUCACCGAGGCCGGUGCCAGUAACUUCUUCGUCGUGUGGGACAACAAGGAGACGGGCAAAUUGGAGUUGAUCACUGCGCCUCUGGACAGCCAGUUGAUCCUGCCGGGUGUCACCCGUCGUAGUGUUCUGGAGCUGGCUCGGACACACUUCGCUCAGCCCUGCGGCAACCUUGCUCCCGUCGAGGUCGUGGAGAGGGAGUUCACGAUUGCCGACAUCGAGGAGGCCUGGAAGGAGGGGCGCAUCGUCGAGUCUUUCGUCUCUGGUACUGCGUUCUUCAUCACCCCUGUCAAGCUCAUUCGCAACGGCAACGUCGACAUCGACCUGCUGACUGCCGGGGCUGAGCGUGCAGGCUACGCCGCUCAGAUCAAGUCGUGGCUGGAGGCCAUCAUGUAUGGCAAGGAUGGCCAGGAAAACCACAAGUGGGGCUUUGUCAUUGAAGAUGAGCUUGAGAACUAG